GCCGAAAGGGUCGUAGACAUGGCGGCCAUCAGGGUUCAGGUGUACAUGUGAAGAUUUGUUACACAGAUGGGAAAACUGACAACCAUGCCUGCAGGUCUGAUAUAUGCAUCUGUAAGUGUACAUGCAGCCAAAGAAGAGGAAUCCAAAAAGCAGCUAGUGAAACCAGAGCAGCUCCCCAUAUAUACUGCACCACCGCUCCAGUCUAAAUAUGUUGAAGAGCAGCCUGGUCAUUUACAAAUGGGCUUUGCUUCCAUCCGCACUGCAACUGGUUGUUAUAUUGGCUGGUGCAAGGGUGUUUAUGUCUUUGUGAAAAAUGGGAUAAUGGAUACAGUACAAUUUGGAAAAGAUGCUUAUGUCUAUCUGAAGAAUCCUCCUCGAGAUUUUCUUCCGAAAAUGGGAGUUAUUACAGUUUCAGGAUUGGCGGGCUUGGUUUCAGCGAGAAGAGGUUCCAAGUUUAAGAAAAUUACUUAUCCUCUGGGACUGGCCACUUUAGGAGCAACUGUUUGCUACCCAGUUCAGUCCGUAAUAAUUGCUAAGGUAACAGCGAAAAAGGUAUAUGCUAUAAGCCAGCAAAUUUUUGGAGCAGUUAAAUCAUUGUGGACAAAAAGCAGCAAAGAAGAGUCACUCCCUAAACCAAAAGAAAAAACUAAGCUAGGAUCCUCUUCUGAAGUAGAAGUACCUGCAAAAACAACUCACGUCUUGAAACAGUCAGUGCCCUUGCCAACAGAACUCAGCUCUGAAGCAAAGACCAAAUCAGAAUCCACCUCAGGUGCAACACAGUUUAUGCCUGACCCCAAGCUCAUGGAUCACGGGCAGUCCCACCCAGAAGAUAUAGAUAUGUACAGCACUAGAAGCUGAAGUAGACUGCAUACAGAGACUACACAGAAAACUACAAGAUGUGUGACAUUGCAAAUAAUGAUGAAAAAAAUCAUGUAAUGGGUAACUGAUACAUAGAGUAUUACUUAAACCAAGUUUUUCCCUUACAUCUCCAAAUGUGCAAUUUGAUAAAUUACAUAAGUGGUUAACACACAAACUGUGAAUGCAAUGCAAACAAUAUUGAAUGAUUGAUGAGGAGACUUAGGAAGAAGUAUUAGCUUGCAUUUGAUGACCUUUAAGGG